GAUAGGUAGCACUGAUGGGCACUGAUAGACGACACUGAUGGGUGGCACUGCUGGGCAGAACUGAUGGGUGGCACUGCUGGGUUCAUGUGGAUGGCACUGAUGAGCACAGGUGGGUGGCACUGCAGGGCACUGGUGGGUAGCACUGAUGGGCACAGGUGGGUGGCACUGAUGGGCACAGGUGAGUGGCACUGAUGGGCACAUGUGGGUGGCACUGAUGGGCACAGGUGGGUGGCACUGAUGGGCACAGGUGGGCGGCACUGUUGGGCACU